AACAAUAUGCCCUGUCUGUAAAAUGGAAACCUAUUCUGAUACUGGAAUUUGUAGCACAUAUAGUGGACCUUAUGACCGUGCUUGGUGUGAAAGUAAAAAAAAUAAAAUGGAAUCAGAUAUGAUUGAGAUACCUAGCUGA